UUGUGUACCUACGACUCUUUCACUUUCUCUCUCUCCCCUUCGCUUUCCUCUUCAUUUUCUCUCUCUCUCUCACACACACAGUACAUUGACACUACAAUUGACUCUCUUACUGAUGAAUCAGAAUAUAGCAUAUCGGAGUGGUUUUGCUUCUCUAGGGGUCUGGUUUGAUGAAUCAGAUGAAUAUGAAAUCUUGAUACAUUGAUUGUUCUGUUUUGGGUAAUGGCUGCCGGAGUUAUUCUAUUUUGACGGUAACUUAGAUUGACCAAGGAGAAACCCGUGAUGUUCAUGCUUCUGUCUCUGGUGUCUUGUGUUUUGAUGAGAAGAGGGUAUUAAAGGGCAUGGAAAGGAAAGGUGUCUUGUACAAUAUAGAUUCCAGCAUUGCAGCUAAACGGGAAGAUGAGAUUAACCAAGAAGUGCUUGAUCUAAAGCGAAGUCACUUUGAAGCUGGAAAUAUUCAAGCACAAAAUGACCUCUCCACACCAUGUGAAGAUUAUCUUUUAGAUAUUGAAUUUGCUGAAAGCAUCACAAAUCUGGAUUAUGGCUCAAGUAGAGGAUUGCUGGACCCUAUCUUAGAAAGCCAGAUUCCACUAUCACCUGGAUUAGUUGUGCAAGAAUCUCAAAGCCAGAAUGCUAUGUUUGGCCUUACCAAUUCGGAGUUGCAUGACCUCUCUCGUGAUAAAUGUGAAAGUCAGAUACUGGUUGAAUACAAUGCUAUCAAAUUCCCUACUGCGUUCACUCCAGGAGAUAUCAGCAAUGUGGAUGAUGUGGCAGGCUUCUUUGCUGAAGCUGCAUCUUCUGAGAAGAUGAAUGACAGCGUGAUUGACCAUUCUGUUCUAACGUCUAAAGGAAUUUCUUUUAUGUCUAAUGCUACGCGAAAUGAGGGGCAAGAUGUAAACUGUGAAAUAUUUGAUAUGCAUGAAUUUUCAGCAAUAAGCCCUCCAGUCACUUCUCAAGCAAUGAACAUUGACACACCUCUCACUCAAAAGCGUCUGCGCAAGCCUACACGAAGGUAUAUUGAUGAAUCCUCAGAUCUUAAUGCUACACGUUCUAGGAAAAGAGAAGUUUCUACUUGUGCAUCGGCAUCAAAGGAUAAGCUUCCUAGAGUCAGAUGUCAGAAGAAAUCUCGUGCAGAAUCUACGGAAAUGGAAUUGUUUCCCGAAGAGUCUUCUUGUAGAGCUAUUCAAGUGCCUUUUGCUUCUCUAGUGAAUGAAGAAUGUGAUAAGCGGCAUACAUCCAAUGCGAUACAGGUUAUGAAAGCUCACAAGGAGGUUACAGUCGUGAAUCCUAAAGAUGAUCCUAUUGCACUGAAGAAGUUGGAUCAAGAUGGUGCACGGAGGAAACAUCAUAGGCUCUGGACUGUUUCAGAGGUCAGAAAGUUGAUUGAUGGUGUUGCCCAAUAUGGAGUUGGAAGAUGGAGUCAUAUAAAGAAGCUUUAUUUCUCAUCUUCUGCUCAUAGAACAGCUGUGGAUCUCAAGGAUAAAUGGAGAAAUCUUCUUAAAGCAUGCUAUCUUCAGAAACAAAGCAAAAUAACGGAAAAGGGUAAACAUAACUUGUCUUGGCGACCUCUGCCAAAGUCUGUCCUGCAUCGAGUCAGUGAACUGGCAAACAUGCAUCCAUAUCCGAGAAAGGGGAGGUGCAAGAGCCGUUCUCCAUGUUCUUCAUCCUCUCCCGUGCAUACUAACAGGAGUAACAUCCAGUGACGACCCCCAACUGUUCAUCCAAAGAUUCGUUGAUUUUUCUUUUACCAACUUAUUCAGCUGCACUUCCUCUCCUAUGCAAAAUUGCAGGAAUAACAUCCAGUGGCCACCCCAAAUGUCCAUGCAAACAUUGGUUGAGCUCUCUUAUACCAACUUACUGCAUCGUUCGUGUAUAGAGCAGCUUCGUUUCAAGUAAAAAGGUUUUAUGUACAAUCUUUCUUACCUCUAGAAACGCAUUUGUCGCAUCUGUAACCUUUUUGAAUUUUGAAUUGAUACGAGGACUUCAUGUUUCAUUUCA